AUGCGACAAUAUUUACCCGUAAAGAAGUUUGAGUGGCCUUGGUCUAGGAGAGACAAUGGGCAGAAUGAGUUCAGCCCACUUAUUCCAAAGUCAGGUGCUGCAAAAGUGGAGGAUGAGGAGCUUGGCCAUGUUGACAAUGAAUAUCAAACAGGGACGCCCAGCAAUCAGGAUCACAACAGUCCUACAAGAAUCCAACCUCAUUACAGUUAUUCUUUGAUGGAUUAUUUUCUAAAAUACUUCCUGUUCCUGUGCAACCUGGUCUUCACAGUUUUGGGUCUGGUGGUUCUUGGUUUGGGGAUCUGGGGUCUCUCCAGCAAAGAAUCGUUUGCCCAGGAGAAGAUUGGAACUAUCGGCACAGAUCCGAUGCUGAUACUUUUGACGUUGGGCUUUCUGCUCACUCUGCUCUGUCUGACAGGGUGUGUUGGUGCUUUAAGAGAGAACUGCUGCUUGCUGAAGAUGUUCUCUGUUAUAGUGCUGGUGCUCAUCACAAUCCAGGUGCUGUUUGCAAUCGUGGCCUACACUGUGCAGGAUCAGAUUGAAGGAUAUCUGCGGUCAGGGAUGCUAGCUGCCAUGGUGGGCUAUCAAGAUGAUCUGGACCUGAGGUUCAUCACAGAUGAGAUCCAAUUGGGUCUGCAGUGCUGCGGGGCCGACACCUACCGGGACUGGGAGGUGAACCUAUAUUACAACUGCUCAGCUCCGGGCGUUUUGGCGUGUGGAGUCCCUGCAACGUGCUGCGUGGACCCUUUGGAGAACGGGACGGUGUGGAACUCACAGUGUGGCGUGGGAGCACAGCUCAUGGACGAGUUUACCGCUCAGAGCGUGAUCUUUCUUGGGGGUUGUCUGGGUGGAAUCUCUCGAUGGAUCAAGCAGCAUGAGGGCCUGAUCGGGACAGUCGGAGUUGUUGUUGUUGGGGUUCAGAUUCUUGCUGUGUUCAUCACAACAAGACUGUUGGAAAACAUUCACAGGCAUAAAGCUCAUGCAUGAUGUAAAUAUGGCAUGAAGUCAUCAGAGUCCUGGCUGUUUCUUGAUGUUUUCUUCUUUUUCAGUUCUGGGCUCCAUAGUUAGACACAUUUUAUAUUCAGAUUGCAUAAACAGGGUUUAUACGUUGGAAACUAAAUAGAAACACAUCUAAUGUACUGUAAAUAUUUUCCUCAUCCUACAAAAGAGGAUGGUGAGUCAUCGAGAGAAGUCAUUAAACAUGAGUGAUUAUUUCUUAUGGAAAGAUUUGGUGC